ACGUCACAUGUUUUGCCGUAAACCGUCCAGCCUUGUCGUAAAGCCGGAGCACACGUGAGAGGACAGCGGGAGUUUAGUGUAAAAUGAACCGGAUUCGGAUUAAAUCUGUAUCAGAACUGAGGCUGUAGAGCAGUGAGGAGUUCACUCAGAGGAGGAAGGAUGUUCGUGGUGGUGGAGAUGGUGGACACGGUGCGGAUUCCUCCCUGGAACUUCCAUCGACAGCUCAACGAUGCCAUUGCUGAAGAACUCAAUAAGAAACUGGCCAACAAGGUCGUGUAUAACGUUGGCUUGUGUAUCUGCUUGUAUGACAUCACCAAACUAGAGGAUUCCUACAUUUUCCCCGGGGAUGGAGCCUCCCACACUAAAGUGCAUUUUAGAUAUGUGGUGUUUCACCCGUUCCUGGAUGAGAUUCUGGUGGGGAAGAUCAAAUACUGCAGUCAGGAAGGAGUGCACGUCAGUCUUGGAUUCUUCGAUGACAUCCUAAUCCCACCAGAAUCACUACAACAACCUGCUAAAUUUGACGAGGCGGAGCAGGUUUGGGUCUGGGAGUAUGAGACAGAUGAGGGCGCUCACGACCUUUACAUGGACCAGGGUGAAGAGAUCCGCUUCCGGGUUGUGGACGAGCUCUUCCUGGACACGUCUCCUACCGGACCCACCACUGACCCGGAGGCUCCGGCUAACAGCAGGACCGGUAGUGCCGCACCGCAGCCUGCAGCCCCCGCCGCCGCUGACGACAGCUCAAAUAAGAAAGAGUCUCCGUACACAUUGAUGGCAUCCAUCAGUGAGCCGGGGUUAGGUCUUCUGUCCUGGUGGAGUAACUGAUAAACGAUGUGUGUGUGUGUGUGUGUGUGUGUGUGUGUGUGUGAGAGAGAGAGUAAGAGUGCGCACGCGUAAUAAAUAAUCACAGCUGAGAAGAUUUCGACUGAAGAACCUGAAGGAACCUCACUUCUUGAGCUGCAGACUGGACACUGACGUUUCUGUGCUCUCUUCUAGAGCCGCACAGUGUGUACAAAAUUCUGAUACUGUGAUUGGGAUAUGCCUUUAGAUUUUCUUUAUACGUGUAUAUAUUAAAAACUGUAAUUUGA